AUGGCUUCAAAUGAAUACCCCACUUAUACAACUGUCUCAAGAUUCCAUCCAAGCAAUGCUAGUGAUCCAUACCGAUCUUCAGAUAAUUACCAAUAUCGAAAUGGUCAAGAAACUUCCCAUUCAUCAUCAAAUAUGAAUUCUUCACCGAAACAACAUAUUAAUGAUAUUGCACAAAUACAACAGAAGGAAGAUCUAUCUGCGUCUGAUGCAUUAACUGUUCAUGUAGUAAACGAACUUAAAAGAAAAAUACAAGAGAAAAUUCAAACAGAUAAUUUUGCUAUGAAGAAAUCUGAUAUUGAACAAGAAGUUUCCAGUAUAAGACGUGAUAUGAAUCGAGUGGACCUGCGCACAAAGAAAUGGAUAAAUCAUCUUCCAGACGGUUUUCAGCUGUGUUCCGAUUCAACUUUACGUCUGACAAUGGCCUAUGGAGAUGAUCCAAAUCAAGUAUUAAAUAUAUUAAAAGAAAAAAUGAAUAAAGAAGACUCGAUUGAAAAUCCUGCUGAUACUUCGUUGAUCAACAUUACAGAACCUUUGAAACAAAUUAAUAAGAAUUUGAAGAAAAAAUCAUCAUAUAAUCUGUUUCGUGCUGUUCUUGAAGUUGGAAAUCAUGAAAUUGAUCGUGCUGAUCGUAUGUUUUACAGUGAAGCGCAUAAUUUGAUAAAGAAUUUGCAAAGUUAUACAUUUGAUAAUGCUCAUGAACAAGUACAAGCUAUUCGUCUGAUGCAUUAUCAAUCAGAUAAUGAAGAUGAACUUCGUUCUUUUAUUGAUAAAUAUCGAACUUUUGAUGACGCAUAUCGUUAUUUACAGCGUCUUGCAGAAAAUCAAAUAGCAAAUAAUUCAAACAGAUCAUCAGGUCAUACAAGUACUUCUCCUGGUAUAAAAUCAAUUAUUAGACCAGCUGAUGAUGAUUCAGCAAUGAGAUAUCCUCAAUCUCCUUCUGCAAACUAUAGACCAUUGUAUAAUAAUUUAAAUACACCAUCGUCAUCAGGUAUUUAA